AUGAAGCUGUCGAUGUUUGCGGUACUUCUCGGUAUUUGCUUUAUGUGCUCAGAAGCUCAUCAUGGUGGACACAGUAGGCAGUGCCAGAAAAGAUUUCAGUGUAAAGUUCCUACUGAAAUGUUUUUAUUUGGUGACUAUGGAGUGUCACUGAAGAACAAUUCAUUAAUUGCAAGCAGAAUUGGAUUGUUUGAAAAGCCGGCUCACGAACAACAACAGCAGCGUCUACAACAGUCCGACAACAGCAGCGCCUACAACCAGUCCUACAACAGCAGCGCCUACAACCAGUCUGACAACAGCAGCGCCUACAACCAGUCCUACAACAGCAGCGCCUACAACCAGUCCUACAACAGCAGCGCCUACAACCAGUCUGACAACAGCAACGCCUACAACCAGUCCGACAACAGCAGCGCCUACAACCAGUCCGACAACAGCAGCGCCUACAACCAGUCCUACAACAGCAGCGCCUACAACCAGUCCUACAACAGCAGCGCCUACAACCAGUCUGACAACAGCAGCGCCUACAACCAGUCUGACAACAGCAGCGCCUACAACCAGUCCGACAACAGCAGCGCCUACAACCAGUCCUACAACAGCAGCGCCUACAACCAGUCCAACAACAGCAGCGCCUACAACCAUUCCUGA